AUGGGUAAUGUUUUUCGAAAGAAAAAGCUUGCCGCUGAAGAAUUGGAAUCACUUUCGACUCAAACAAAAGCUUUUCGCGAAGAAAUUGAGGCCACCUUUCAACAGAAAAAAGCCACGCUUCGUUAUCUAACGCUUUUUGUUUUUUUCGCAAUCACUUCAAUCACCUCUUACGUGAUAAUAAAAUUUGAUCGAGAGCGUCAAAUCGAGUUUUCCCUUUUAGCUCUUCUCGGUGGAUCUCUUGUUCUUUAUUCGUUAAGAAAGCUAGCCAAUUUCUAUUAUUCCUAUGUUGUUUCAAGAAAACAACGAUAUUUAGAUGAUGCUAUUGAACGUAAAAGGAAAAUAUUGGAAAACGUUAAGGAAACCGAGACUUUUAAGGUAGCAAAAGAAUUGUUGGAAAAAUAUGAUGAUGAUGCAAGCACAAGCGAUGAAGCACAGCCACCAUCAACACCAAAGCCAACCACAACAGCUGUUCAGCCGCCGAAAUCACCAAAUAAGAAUGAGACAUUGGUGAAUCGGAAAAUUGUGCAAACACCAGGCCAACCCAAUACUCAACCACCCACAAAUCAGUCUUCACCACCAAAGCCAACAGAUUCUCAACCCGAUCGAUCAACCGCUCCACCACCACAGCGUCCACCCGUGAGGCCGUAUAUUCGCGAAGGGAAAACUGUUACGGAUAAGCUGAUCGAUUAUUUCUUUGGCGACGGACCGAACAAUCGUUUCGCGUUGAUUUGUGGCCGAUGUCAUAAUCAUAAUGGAAUGGCAUUGCCGGGAGAAUUCGAAUAUCUUGCAUUCACUUGUUUUCACGAUGUAGGUGGCGGAAUGGCAAAUUCAGAUCUGAGAGGGCUUUUCGAUUUGAGAAUUCCUGAGCAUCGCUCGACACUCGAGAAGAGUCAACAAGAACUGAAUCGUGUGGCUGAUUACUGCGAGACGCAUUAUCUGCAAUCACAUGAUAAAAAGGCAGCUCUAAAUGAAACAAAGCAAUAUACAGUGAGAUCAUUGGCAAGUGUUGCUUAUCAAAUCAAUACCCUUGCGCGAGAUCUCCUUGAUAUGAUGGAUCUUCAAACUGAGAAAGUUCAGUCACUUUCCGCUCAAAUGAGCAACCUUAAUCUCAUUGUUUCCAUUCACAAAGAGAAAUCGGCUAGACGAGAUAUUGGGGCACUCACGACGAACAAGGUGAUACAAAAGCAGCCGAAAAUCAUCCAGCCGAUGAAUCAGGAGCCAGUUCAACGGUACAAGAGAACUCCAAUCGAUUAUACGGUUCUCGAUUCAGUGGGUCAUGGAACGAAAACAGAACCAUCGGUAUUGGCACCACGCGGAACAACUGUUUCACGAGCUACAUCAUCGAUCUCUGGCGCUGCUCCCUCGCAGUAUUCGCAUUACGGUCAACUCGAAAGAACAGCUAACAUCAACAAUACAAUUAGUCGUUCGUCAAUGCGAAGUGGAAUGUUUUCAACACCACAAAGCGAACAUCAUUACCGGAUUCCACAGGUUGGACCAUAUAUGGAUGGCAAUAACUACUCGAAUGGAAAUCAGUAUCACAUCAGUUCCGCUUCAACCGCACAAGCACAGUCCAUUGGAAAUUACGCUAUGGAAAGUGAGUACGGCGGAUCGCAGAGUACGAUGGAUCGUUAUGGAACUCUUCGAGCACUCCGCAACGAUCAGACGAGCCCCGACUUUCCGUUGCCUCCACCACUUCUUCAACUUCACUCCGAUUAUGGACAAGCUCCGGUUCGUCAAAGUCUCCCACCACCUCCAACUUCUCUGAACACUUUGGAUGAUGAUCUCGCUUUGCCACCACCGCCUAACAUGCAACAAUCAUUUUUCGAUACAAGACCCGAUUGGAUUCCCUCGAAUUAUAUUGAAAAAGCUGUUGUGCUUUACGAUUAUGACGCGGAUCGGGCUGACGAGUUGUCGCUCAGAGAGAACAGUAUUGUGUAUGUGUUGAGGAAAAAUGAUGAUGGAUGGUUUGAAGGAGUUUUUGGAGGCAAAACUGGGCUCUUCCCAGGCAACUAUGUUCAACUUAUUGAAGAAUCU